AUGUUUGUGUCUUUAAAAGCAGUCUUUAUUAUCGAAACCGAUUUGAAUGAAUGCCGCAAACGAUUCGCCACUCAAUUGGUAAUGGAUUCACACAAACGCCGCGAACAUACAGUCAGUGCUCUCCCGACGACUAGAGUCCCAACGGUUUGUCCGCCAAUACAUCGAUGUCUUGUCAGCGGCUGUGGCCUCGAGUUUGCCGGCGAAUACACGCUAAGAGCACACCAGAGGGCUGUCCAUAAAGAGCCGACGCCUGCCAUCAGCUUCUCGUACGACACCAAUGGUGUGGGCAGUGAUAGCGCCGUUGGGUUAACCCCCGGCCCGACCCAUACGAGUCAUCGGCGGUUUGUUCGCUCGCAGACCAGCAAAACAGGCGUCCACUCGUCGUCGGCCGCCAAACGGUACGGCUGUCGUCACGACCGUUGCGGCCGAUCCUUUGCUACGGCACUGGCGCUCAAACAACACAACAGUUGUGUCCACUCAGCCAUUGGCGGACAAUACCGGUGCGACUUCUGUGCCAAAAUAUUUUACCACAAAUAUUCAUACGAUCAGCACUGCCUGACUGUCCACUCGGCGGCCACCACUCAUGUACUACAGGCGCCCAUUGAGACCGGAGUUAUUGUCCCAUACGUUGUUAUGGAGGCUACAGUACCUGAUUGUAUACCGAUAGCGCCCACGACUGUCCUACCGUGGAGAUGUCUUCGCAUUAGUGUUGUCUUCAUAUUCUUCCGGAUGUCGUCAAGUGAUAGUUUUUCGCCGACUUAUGAGUCGUUUGUCCCGAAAUGGCGGUCAAAGAAGACAUUGAAAUGCGAUUACAAUGAGUGCCACAAACAGUUUGUAACUCGAUUGCUAUUGGGUUUACACAAACUCCGCGAACACAGCGUCUGUCCUCUCCCGAGGACUAGAGUCCCGACAGUCUGUCCGCCAAUAUAUCGAUGUCUUGUCAGCGGCUGUGGCCUCGGGUUUGCCGGUGAAUACACACUAAACGCACACCAGAGGGCUGGCCAUAAAGACCCGACGCCUGUCAUGUCAUGUGAGACAAAUGAUGGCGACAAACAGGGCGUCCACUCGGCGUCGGCGGUCACCAAACGGCACGACUGCGCGCACGACGGCUGCGGCCAAUCAUAUGCUUCUGAGAAGGCGCUGAAGAAACACCUGCGUUGUGUCCACUCGGCCACAGGUGGACAGUAUCGGUGCGAUGACUGUAUCCAAAGAUUUUACAAUAAACGUACGCUCGAUGAGCAUCGGCUGACUGUCCACUCGGCUGUCUCUCAUGCACUACAGGCGCCCAUUGAGACCGAAUUGAAUGUUCCGUUCGUUGCUUUGGAGACCAUAACUGAAUAUAUAAGGAUAGAACCCACGGCUGUCCUACCGGUGCGAUCAACCACUGCCACCACUAAACCAAACAACAGUCCUUUAGACUCUGACGUUGAAGUAAUGGAUGUAUUGCCGGCGUAUAAGCGCUUAGUGCGGGUGCGGCCAAUCACUCGCCACAAAUCGAUGCCCGCAAUCAUUGAUCUCUCCGAUACGAGUAGUGAUAAAAAUAGUGGACACGAAUCGGCCGACAGUCGACCAGAAGUGAUGGCCAUUAGCCACUUCUCGGGCUCGUUAUACACGUGCGAUAUUGACGACUGCGGCCAACGAUUUGGAUGGCAGGGCGGACUCGACUGUCAUCUCUUGUCUGUUCACACAAUUGCCGUCUGUCGGGCGCACCCGUGCGGCCAAUGCGAGCGCUCGUUUGAUACCGUAGACCAAUGGGCGGACCAUAAGCUCGAGUGUUGGCCAACAAUUUGGUCACUCCAUUGCCUCGACUCUGAUUUGGGCGAUAAUCCGUACGUUACGGCCGAAGGAGAGCUCAAUAAUUGGGUGCACCGACGCCCGGGGCGGCCGUCGCCCGCACCGCGUAUACCAUGCGGAGAGUGUGACUCGUCAUUCAACACCGACGCCCAACUCGGCCAACAUCUGACUCGGCGUCACUCACACCCGCUGUUGGACUGCGAUAAGUGCGGUCACAAGCAGUUUAGGUCUCGGUUGCAACUGAUUGGCCAUCAAUACACUGCACACUCGCAGCCAAUGCCCGACCCGUUUACGUGCGUU